AUGAGUCCAUUCUCAUUUUUUCCCACAAGGCAUCCUACAAGAAACCCGACAACAGAUCACACUCGCGCUGUGACUAGAAGCCAAUCGACAAAAGAAGACGACAAAAGACCAAAACGAACUCGCCAGAAAACAUCGGAUCGUAUCGAGCAGCAUUUAGUCGCAGCAGCGCAGAAAUUGUCCGACAAUGUCCAAGGUGUUUAUGGCCGCCAACCGUCGAGUUCUACUUACGAGCUGCCGCUGGAAAAGAAGUUCGACGAGGAGUUUUCCAUGACGGAUUUUGCGUCUGGCCCUUCUUCCAAGGGAAUAUCUUCGAGAUCGAGUAGACAAAGCUCUCAAACAUCGAAUUCUUCCGCUGAGGCAACUGGGACAGCUCCGAUGCCAUUGAAUACCCGCACAGUCAGCGCUUCAGAAGACAUCGUGCCUCCAACUCCCGCUUCCGUCACAAACUCACGACCACAGUCAUCUCUAUUUACAUUCGACGAAGGUCAACUGAACACGACAAUAGAAGAGGAGGCCGAAGAAAGACGACAACAAGCGAUCGCUUCAAUCACAAAUGAUUUGAUUGCGAUUUCGAAUACGCCUCAAUUCCAAGACGCUACUUCCAACUUCCAAACCGACCUUCGAAACCUCUUUGCGCCAAACGCGACGUCUCUCAAUCAAGAAAAUGCAUAUCGCCGCCUAAUGAGCCCGCUGAAAAGAGUCCUCGAACAAAGCACUAACAUCAGUCAAGAAAACCUAGUUGAAACUCUCAUCGCUUCCGCUAGAAUAAUCGCCUACAUUCCGAGCCUAGCUCGCUUCAUUUGGUCCUACAUCACCUCUACUCUCAACUUAUCUAUACAAGACUUGGAUGCAUACGCCCAGAAUAACAACGAUUCAGAUUCAGACGAGGGAUCCGCUGUAUAA